AUGGCCCGCUCCCAAUCGACAAGCAGCGGUAGUACCGACCUUGAUCCAUCGACUAGCACCGAGGAGAAGGGCAGGGAUUCCGUAGAUGGAGCAAAAGGGUACGCAGAGGCUGACGAGCUUCCGGGAGGCGACCCGGAGAAGCAACCUGCUGGGCUCCGACGGGUGGCGACGCGAGUCUCCAACACCCAAGCCGUGCCUGGCGUGCAGCUGGACGAGAGCGAUUUCGAAGACGGCGGCAGCGACCACCACGCACAGAGCGCCCAUGAGGACCGUGGUGGCGGUGGCAGCGGUGUCCUUGGCCUUGCUGAACGCGUCCUCAGCCGUACGACGAGCAAGUCGAGCUUCAACCCUGGACCUCCACCGGAUGGUGGGCUGAGAGCCUGGACGGUUGUGGCGACUGGCCACCUGGUUAUCAUGAACACGUGGGGAAAAGCAGGGGCACUGGUCGAAUGGGCUGCCUUCAAGGAGCUGGAGUAUACCUUCUACGCGGCUGGAAGCUUCACUUGCUUCCUCGGCGUCUACUUUGCCUUCUACUACCUAGCCUCAUACUCACGCGAUAUAAUUGGCCUCUCCUACGUUGAGUCGCUCAACCUCCUCCUCCUCUUGAACGGAAUCGGGAUAAUCGGUCGUCUGGUCCCAAAUUACCUUGCUGACCGCUGGGGCGCCAUCAACAUCUUCGUGCCGACAGCGAUCAUCGCGGGCGUGUGCCAGCUCACCUGGAUAGCCGUGACCGACCCCCCGGGUCUCUACGCGUGGGCCGUCUUCUUCGGGAUCGCCGCGGGCGGGAUCCAGUCCCUCUUCCCCGCUGGACUGAGCAGCCUGACGACGGACCUGCGCAAGUCGGGCACGCGGAUGGGCAUGGUCUUCACCAUUGUCAGCUUCGCCACGCUGACGGGCCCGCCGAUCGCGGGGGCUAUCAUCAGCAGCUGUGGGGGGCAGUACUAUGGCGCGCAGGCCUUUGCGGGGUGCGCGAUGAUUGUGGGUGGGGGGUUUAUGGCGGCGGCUAAGGUUGUGAAGCAGAGGAAGGUUGGGGGUGGGUGGAAGACUAAAGUUUAG